GCUCCGUCUCCUCCUCCUCCUCCUCGUCGUCUCGCAGGAGUUCAGCCUCUCGCUCGGUCGGCGCGGGCGUCUCUUCUUCAUUGUUCGACGUCGUUUUGAGCAUGACUUCGACGUAUAACCUGGAUUUCCUCCCUCUUUCGGAAAGUCGGCUAAUGACUUCGAGCGACUCUGUCAACGGCAGCAAGAUGAACGGAUCACUGGAACACAUGGACCAGCCAGACCCAGAUACAAUCAAGAUGUUUGUGGGACAGAUUCCACGCUCCUGGUCAGAAACUGAACUGAAAGAGCUUUUUGAGCCUUAUGGCCCAGUGUUCCAGAUCAACAUUCUCCGUGAUCGCACCCAGAACCCUCCUCAGAGCAAAGGAUGCUGUUUUGUAACUUUUUAUACAAGAAAAGCUGCACUGGAGGCCCAGAAUGCACUGCACAACAUAAAGACCUUAAGUGGGAUGCAUCAUCCUAUCCAGAUGAAACCCGCUGACAGUGAGAAAACAAGUGCAGUGGAAGACAGAAAACUCUUCGUGGGAAUGGUUUCGAAAAAAUAUGGCGAGAACGAGGUCAGAAUGAUGUUCUCGUCUUUUGGACAGAUCGAAGAGUGCCGAAUUCUCAGAGGACCGGAUGGUCAGAGCAGAGGCUGUGCGUUUGUCACAUUUGCUACCAGGGCAAUGGCACAGAAUGCAAUCAAAACCAUGCAUCACUCUCAAACUAUGGAGGGCUGCUCCUCGCCUUUGGUGGCGAAGUUUGCCGACACGCAGAGGGAUAAGGAGCAGCGUCGCCUGCAGCAGCAGCUAGUGCAUCAAAUCCAGCAGCUUAACAACGCCCCCUGGGGAAACCUGGCAGGGCUCGGGACCAUGACGCCACAAUACCUAGCUCUGCUCCAGCAGGCCACGUCGACCAGUAGUCAAGGCAGUUUCAAUAACCUUCAGAGGCUAGGAGGAGGUGUGAAUCCUCUUCAGCUGCAGAACUUGGCCACGUUGGCCGCAGCCGCAGCCCAGAGUUCUGGCAGCCCAAGUUCAGCCAACCCUCUGUCUUCAAGCAGUGGAGCUCUGGGGGGUCUGGGCAGUCCAGCUGGGUCAGCAGGGUCCAGUGCUGGUGCUGCGAUGAACACCUUGGCAUCUUUGGGCUCACUGCAGGGUCUGACCGGCACCUCUGUGGGCCUCAACAACCUGAACGCUCUCACAAACAGCAUUGGUGGUAUGGGGGCCAUGAAUGGUGGCCUGGGGGCCUCCAUGGCCAACGGGUCAGCUGCCAGCUCUAUGGACGCUCUGACCCAGGCCUACUCAGGGAUGCAGCAGUACACAGCCUCGGCCCUCCCCUCCCUCUACAGCCAGUCUCUGCUGCAGCAGAGCAUGGCUGGCAGUCAGAAGGAAGUAGGGCCAGAGGGCGCCAACCUGUUCAUCUACCACCUGCCGCAGGAGUUUGGGGACCAAGAUCUUCUGCAGAUGUUCAUGCCUUUUGGAAAUGUGGUCUCUGCCAAAGUCUUCAUUGACAAACAGACCAAUCUGAGCAAAUGCUUUGGGUUCGUCAGUUACGACAAUCCCGUGUCUGCGCAGGCUGCCAUUCAGGCCAUGAACGGUUUCCAGAUCGGGAUGAAGAGGCUGAAGGUCCAGCUGAAGCGCUCCAAGAACGACAGCAAACCCUACUGAUCCUAGGCCGGGGUCUCCCCCCUCCCCAGCUCUAAUGCUAGCACUGCUAGGGUAAGUUCAGCCUCCGGCCAAGGUCACCACAGCAGAGACUCAGGGGGGCAGGGGGGCAGGAGCCCGCCACAGGAGGGAGACACACCCUUUUUUCUUAUUAAACAAACAAAAAAAAGGUUAACAGGAAAAAAAUGCAAUGAUGUUUUCACAUUUUGUUGUAUUUCACUCCUGUGAUUUUAUCAUGUCCCGAUUAAAUAUUUUAUUGUAUAUGAUUAUUUAUGACGAUCACUGGAGUCGGUGUUUGCUGGAGGUACUUGGUGUCGCUGUAUGUUUAGUGGAGAGCAUCAGGUGUUUCCUUGCCACUUCAUUGCCUUCAGGUCAAAGUGAGACAGGCGGAGCAUGAGUUCAGGUCCAGGGCUGAGGCGAAGCCCCGAGCUUCAGCCUGAGUUCGACUUCUUCACGUGCGCUCUGUCUCAUCUGUGUUACCGUUAACAUGAAAACCCUUUGCAGUCUAGACUUCUCAGUUUCUUCCCCUCAUCUCGUCUUCGUGCUGUCAUUAUGUAAGCCAUGUUGAGCUAGGCUACCUCUCUUUCUCUCUUAACUUCCUCCAGUCAUUCCAUCCAUCCCCCGGUCUCCCACAAGAGACCGGCUCUCGAUGGAUCUCUCUGGGUGCCAAGUAUACAGUAUGUGCAUGUCAGAGUCUGCCAUAUGUCCUAGUGGUGUCACUUCCUGAAAUCUGUGUAUUGUUUUUGUGCGUUGGGGGGAGGGGAGGUGUUUACCCUACUGUCUGUAACUGUACGUGGUGACUGGCAUUAUUUUUGUUGGUUAUUGUGCCUCAUGGCUAAAUGAUUCUUGUGCCGUGCCCCUAACUUUCUCUUCUCUUUGUUGUCUCUGUCUCUCCUCUCUCUUCGUGUUUUUGUUCCCUUUUUUUUAGAACAAAUCUCCAUGCCUGUUUGCUCAUCAUUAGCCUAGCAUGUCUUCAUGAUGUUGAAAGCCAAGCCAAACCCCUGGCCUCAUCAUCCCACCAUUGUCUGUGAUGUCUCUCUAAGCUCGCCUGACCAAUACCUGGCCACCCACUGACCCUGACCUUAGCUCAACCUGAUUUUUCUGCAUGUACGUUCAUGUUUUUUGUUUUUCUUUGCUUUUUUCUGUAUAGAAAUGUGACGGGCAGGAGAGAGGUCAAGCAAUUAAAUGUGAAAAUGAUUUCAUUUAGAUUUUUUUUUUCUUUUUGGUUGCAAAUGUUUUAAGAGGGGGAUAAAAAAAACCUGUGGGAUUUCUAAUUUUUAAUAUAGCGACCUUUUUUAUGUUGCUUUUUUUUUUUUAAUGCCUCUCUCAGUAAAGUUCACUUGAAAGUUAAAUACAGGGAUUGGCACACAGCUGUGCUAUCUGGUGCCAUGAGCAAUAUUUUGGCUUCUUUAAAAGAGAAAACUCAAAAGUACAGACCACUUUCCAACACUUCUGAAAGGCUUGACCAGGGAAAUCCCUCUAUGGAUCUCUACAUAAUGCGGCCAGUGUGAAGAUUUACAUUACGCUCUUUGAAUUUGUCUUUUCAUUUAGAAGAUUCAGUGUAUUUACCUUUUUCUUAAACGAUCGAUGGCACAAUAAAAGGUACAUUUGCUCUGAGAGAAAUGACUACCUACAUGAGUCAACUUUUUUAGAACUGAUUCACAAAAUAGACAAUCUGUGGUUUAAAUGCACACUUAGAUUACCUAUAUUUUAUACCAUUGAAUCUAUAGAGGUUUAACUAACAGAACCCAGGCACAACUUUGGGUUUUUUGUAGAUUUGUGUUGUAUUGUCACCUGUGUUGGAGGGGGGAGGGGGGUUCAGUGUAUUACAUUUUUUAAGAGGACUAAAAAUCAAUUUAAUCAGCAUGACUGUUUGGUGGUAUUUGUAAAUUUAAACUUAAGGAAAAAAUCCUCUGCAUUUAAAAAUGUUUUUUUUUUUAAGAAGACUUUUUGAGGCUAAUUGUUUCCUGCGUUGGGAAGUGUUCAUCUUCCUCGGUACGUCUUGACUUUUCUGUGAGUUCCUCCUGAAAUGUUCCCUUGGUUCAGUUUGGACGCCUCCACGUUGAAAGACUCGGUCUGUUCAUCCUACAGAUGCUACACAAAGUUCUGUUUUAUCUUGGUUGUUGAAGUGCCCAUGUAUCAAACUCGAGUGUUUUUUUUUUUUUGAAUACACAACUUUGUUUUUGCUGUGUUAUCUAGUUUUUCUUCACACGCACUGCGACACACACCGAGUGGUUGUAACUGUGGGAGCCCCUGAAGAAGAGCUCAUUCGGACACAACUCAACCUGCGGGUCUCUGCACACUUUAAAUGCAUGCUUUGCUUUGUAUCCGACCUUUCUGCUGUUUUGAUUUUCAAGUCAUGUCUCAGUUUUACAUCGCACGGCACAUUUAAAACACGCAAAAAAAAAAAAAGACUAAAUCCACCACGAUGGUGAA